AUGGCUGAGCCCUCGCCUCAGAGGACCUGUGAGGAGAGCAUGGUCAGCCAGGAGCCCAAGAAGGCACCGUCACCCUCCAGGAGGCGGGUGGCCCCCCGGCGGGCCUGCCGCCGCCCCCCGAGUUGGGACCUCAGCUUCGCCCCCUAUUUCUCCAGGAUCCUGAGGAGGCAGAAUGAGAACCUCACCCUGUCCCGCAAGGCCAAGAGCCUCCUGGACACGCUCCUGAAGGAGCUCUUGGAGCGCAUCCUCAACGAGGCCGCCCAGCUGGUCCGCGAAAAGCAGCGAGUGACCCUCAGCUUUGUGGAGAUCCAGAGCGCGGUGGGCCGCCUGCUGCCCCGCGAGCUGUACCUGUCUUUGGACAUCCAGGCCAUCGACACCCUCCUGGAGCACAGCAGCCACAGCUGA